AGAGUUGAUGUGCUAAACUGCUCUACACACGCUAAAUGAACGGAAGUGAGUUUCUCUUCCGGAUUGAAUUAGAGGCACAGGGCCUAGUCCAAAAUCUUGAGGAAGGCUGCAAGUUGAGUGAUGUAGCACAGUGGAUCUAGGUUGAGUAGAAGCAUCCAUGAUCAAGUUGUUGCAUCUCUUACUAGCUCUUUGGUCAUGUACAGUUGCGGACUGCUUCCUGCACCCUGCAACACAAAACUGCUCCGACGACACUCUGUGGUAUCGAUACCAGGCAGGGGAGACAAUAACUCUUCAGUGUCCGCUAGCUGCCGGGACAAGUUACGAAUACAUCCAGUGGACCAUGCACCUCACUCAGAUCAGUGUCUGCACCCUUGAGGACUCCCCCACUGCCUGGGUCUGUUCUCACAAUGAACUACCUGGCUGGCGGGUAUCUGCCUACAUCCAAGAUUCAAUCGUGACCUUGAACCUGUACGCUUUCCCCUCGGUUGCCAGCGAGAUAAUCCACGUGACCGGACGGCGUGGCAAUCAGUCCGAGUCACAACACAGAAUUCCCCCAGGCAAGGUCACCCCGUCUCUUGGAGUCUCCCCUAGUCCUCUCGUGCCGUCACGCAUGACUUCUCCGUCACUCAAGGCUGGGGCUGAACCUAACGACAAACUCGGCCACUCGAGCAAGAUGUCCGACAAGCGAGAUCCAAGUAAACAAGCAAACACGUCUACGUCUAAGAGAUCCUCAGCCAUAACGGAUAAAAUUACGUCUUUCUCUUCAAUGCUCGACGCAAUGGCUCAGAAGUCUGUACCCACCAACGUGAAAAAAGGGGCCUACGGUCAGACCAAUACUGUGACUCGAAGACGGGGAGACCGAAAGAAGACUAGCGGUAUAAGUCGUCGUUUUGCGAACUCGCCGUGUGGUGAUAUCCCCAGACAACUUGUUCCUGGUGCUGGCAGAUCUGCUCCUUUUCUUCACAAAUCCUCUGCUCAACGGACAAAAGAAAGCAAGGAUGCACAUGCGCAGCAGGCCUUCGGAGACGACGUUUUGCUCUGUUCUUUUUGUCCUUUUGAAGUAUAUUCGGAGUCUGGGAUAUCGUGCCGAGCCGUGGACCUUGAGGUAGACAUUCUCACGGUGGACUGUGCUCUGGAAUCUUCCUUCUCCUCUCCGAUCUGUGAACUCGCCAUUGUUCCUGAGCAGCCCAGCAAACAGAGAGACGCUCGUGCGACAAACAGUCUGAGAGAGGCUGUCCUUGACCCCGCGUCACAGCUCUAUCACUGCCUGUUGACAGGACGCAUGAGUGAGGGGCGGGCCAGGUACAGCGUCAUCGUGAUGGAUAGGUGGCAUCCGCGGACCCUGGUCACUCUUGUCACUUUUGAGUCGUCCAGUGUGAGGCUGGAGUCAGACUGCACACGUCACGUGUACCAGGGACAGGCGUACGUGCUCAGGGAGAGGACUGCUCGCUGCACGUGCACAGCCACAGGCGGGAUGCCUCCAAGCGGCAUUGCACGUUGGCUCAAGGCAUAUUGGGGAUUUGCGACUGAAACAAACACAUCUAGCAGCACAUUGCAGAUCCCGUGGCAAGCCGGUAAAUACGUUCAUCAUACAAGUUAACCAGAAGUUGUCUUUAUUUGAAAUCCGAAACCGACGAAUGCACUGUAGACUUUUAUACAUCUUCAAGGAACCCAGCGUAACGUGUUCACUUUAUUUGCAUUUGUAUUGCAUCUGUGAAACAUCAUGUUUUCUGAUGAAAGAACAGAUCAAGUCUGCAUCGAACCAAAAACCUUAAUUGUACCUUAUUAAAAGGAUCUGUCUCACUUAAACCCAUUUGUGAGCGUGAGGACUUAAGCUUGGCAUUGUUCGAGACUGUCUCGGGAUCUUUGGUUGG